AUGGACCAGCCAGACCUCUUGCUGAGCGAGCUCUGCUCCAUCUGCCACACCAAUCCCCCAAAAUAUCGCUGUCCGCGCUGCGCAACCCGCACCUGUUCUCUACCCUGCACACGACGCCACAAGCUCUGGUCCCAAUGCUCCGGAGUGCGUGAUCCAGCCGCCUACCUCCGGCGCAACGAACUAGCCACAGAAUCCGCCUUUGACCGCGACUUUAACUUCAUCACGGGCAUCGAACGCACGCUCGAGCGCGCCGGCCGAGAGACAGAGAACCGGGGCAUUGAGCUUCCGCGGGGACACUCGGCGGACAAAGCGGAGACGGGUGAAGCUCCAGGAGCCGAUUAUGCAGCUCCGGGAGGAAAACGGAAACACCCUCAUCAGGGUUUGGUCAAAGGCGAAGCUGGGUUCUUGCGUGGCGCGGAGGCUGGCGGCGUGAAUGUCGUUCGGGCGCCGCGGGGGAUGACGCGGAAUAAGCAGAAUGCAUCACGAUGGCAUCCUAAACACAAGUGCCUAAAUUGGUCCGUGGAGUGGAUCACUGCAGCCGGAGAAAGGACCGUUCGGGCCUGUAUCGAGACGUGCUCUAUUGCUGAGGCAUAUGAUCGUGUCUAUCCAGCCCCAAAAGAAGAGAAAGCUCGCCCUGGACAGUUGAAGGAAGAGCAUGAUGUGAGCAACGAACCUGCUGUGAAGGAAGAUGCGACAGCAACAGAAGCUGCUUCAUCUGCACCAGCCGAAUCUACAGAGACUCCAGUUUUACAUCCUUCAAGCUCCGAGCCUGUUGAUACUGGAUCAACAGUAGAGAAGCAACCGGCAACCGAUCCAAGUAUUACGCCUCAUCGCGGUCUCUAUUUCUACCUUCAUCGACCACGAACCAUGACCAAGAAGCCCGUUCUAAUUCCUUUGCCGCCAUCCGCAAGUCUCACUACUGCGCUACGCGGACAUACUGUUCUUGAAUUCCCCACGAUAUACGCGCUUCCAGACUCUGCUGCAACAUUGCUCGCAGAAAACCAGACAUCGCCGUUUCUUUUGGAAGAAGAGUAUCUGCGCACCAUGGGACCUGAAGAGGCUGGAGGAGACCAACGACCGCAGGAAGUUUCUGAGGUGGACGACGGAACUACUGGAGAUUUGAAGUCAGUCGAUUUGCGAAACGUGGACGAGAACAAGGUGAUGGAGGUACUCCAGCAGGAUUUAUUUGAACCGGUUCCAGAGGAGGCGGGGCCCUCAUGA